AUGUGAUGUGAGUUGUAAAUGAUUUUGGUUGAGCUCUGCUUAUUUAUUUAUUUAUUUAUUUAUUUAUUUAUUUAUAUUAACUUAUAUUUGUCCACCCGGUGUCCGAGGAUACUUGAGACCGCCUGAUUUACAUUGGUGGUACGGUCAUACGUAAUGUGCGAAUAAACCUUACAAUAUCGUUUUACUACCAUAUUAAACCAUAAAUAUACCCAGAAAUACGAUGACAUGAAAUUUUCGAUUUCAUUGGUGAGUUUUGUAUUUACUUAUUUAAUUAUGUUUAUUAUUAGACAAAAAUGAAUAGGGAAUUUGUUUAAUAAUUAUUCAUAAGAGUUUAUGGAUAAGUUAUCCAUGUAGGUGGGAUUUGUUUUUGAUAGUUGGCUCUCUGGGUUAAUGGUUUAGUCAUAAACAGAAUUAAAUAUAUCCCGUCGUAUAUAUCCCGUCGUCUAUAUAUACCCUGUAGAACCGAAUUUGUGUGAAAAAAUCACAGUCACAGAUUCGAUUCUAGGGGAGUAUAUGGUCGAUGCAAAAACUUCGAAUAAAUCCAGCCUUUAACUUUGCGUUUCAUAUAAACCAUUACGCGUUGUAGGUGUUGCUGUAUUAAGGCCCAACAGAUGGAUCCGUUUAAGUUAUACAGACAGUUGAUGAGUAACAACGUUGUCUAUACAGCAUUGACACAAAUUAUUAUCCUUGGUGUUGUGCAUAUUGAUAAAGGGAGGGGGGUUGCUCUUUAUCAAGUUUUGUGCAAGUGCUUUUACAAGAGUGAGUGAAAAUAAUACUUGGGGCAUUCCCUCGGCUCCCAUAAAGACACCCUGGACGUUAGCAUUAUUUUCAUUUCCAUUAGACUUAGAAACAAAAUGGUACACUAGUAGAUAUGAUACACUAAGGUAUAAUUUAGGCUAGUGUACUUUACUCUGUCUUUAUGGGGUUAUCCGUGCAAAGCUUGAGCUUCUUUGCGUAACCAAAGCCUCUCCACCUUCCAGUUGUGCUAUUUGGUGUUUGAUUAUUGAUUGGCACGAUGCAUUGAUGACCAUCCACAGCGCUCCUUAGAAGCCCCUGAAAGAGUGUGUGGACCAAUGGGGCGAUGAGACUCCUGUAACUUCUGAAUGACCUCUUCAUUACAAAGACGGUCUCAGUCAAUUGUCUACCGGCUUUAUUCGUCUCUUUUUGUGGCAGAGGUCGCAUUGUAUCUUUUAUUUGUUUACCAGUUAGAAUCUCUGGAUAGAGUUUGAUGUAUAUGGUUGAAUGUUAUUCCUAGAAAAACAAAUAUCUAUAUGAAUGUGCGUAUUUAUCUUUCAUUUAAAAUAAUUUGUAAUUAUGGAUCUUCAAUAUGGUGAUAGCGUUCACUGAGCUUUAUUUAUGAGAAAAGUGUAGGCUGUUAAUUUCGACCUUUGCGUGCAGUAGACAUGCUACACCAUUAAAUUGUAUGUUCAAUCAAUCCUAACUGAUGAAAUUAUGCAAAGUUUUUAAAUUUGCUGCUAGGUGUGCAUGGCUUCAUACCCGCUAAUAGACUCCCUUCACCUCGAUUGGCCAAAUCUGGUCACAUGGGUGGCUAACUUUAUUCAGUUGACAGCAAGUAGGAGGGCUUUAUGGAGGGAGGAAAAGACAACUCGAGAAAAAUUAGUAUUUUCUACCUUCAGAAAUUAAUGGCCAUGAGUUCGUACAUGGUAAACUCCAAGUAUGUGGAUCCCAAAUUUCCUCCAUGCGAGGAGUAUUCGCAAAACAGUUAUAUACCUGAGCAGGGCUCUGGAUACUACAGUCCAUCGCAGGACACUGAUUUCCAGCAUCCAGGGAUCUACUCACGGUCAAACUACACGGAGCAACCCUACAGUUGUAACACUGUGCAGAGCUCAACACUACAGCCGCGGGGUCAUGUGCAGGAGCAAGGCAGCCAUCCCGGAUCUUUUCCCACUCAAAGCGAGCAGUGUUCUCCGAUCCAAAUAUCCGCCCCGAGGACUUGUGAUCAACAACAAAACACAAAGAAUCAGAACGGGAUACAGUCCAGGCAACCUGCAAUAGUUUAUCCCUGGAUGAAGAAAGUCCAUGUUAGUACGGUGAACCCAGAUUUCACAGGAGCGGAACCCAAGCGCUCGCGGACAGCCUACACGAGACAGCAGGUUUUAGAACUAGAAAAGGAAUUUCAUUUUAACAGGUAUCUAACCAGACGGCGUCGCAUCGAAAUAGCGCAUACUCUUUGCCUCUCUGAGCGACAAAUUAAAAUCUGGUUUCAAAACCGAAGAAUGAAAUGGAAAAAAGAUCACAAACUGCCAAACACGAAGGGAAGGUCGGCAUCGUCUGCAAAACACGUGCAGAAGGACAACCAGACAGAUAUUACAACUUUAUAAAAGAAAUGGAAGCAUUUUUCCCCAGAAGUACAUAUGAACUGUGUAUGAUAGACAAUGCUUCGUUUGUCUUUGCAUGGUUUUAAAUCCUGACAUUCCGAUCUUUAAGCUAUUUAAUGUGAAGCAGAAGCACACAUCAUUACCAAACGCAGUAUGAAUUGAUGCGAUGAAAGGAGUCUGAUACAAUUUUAAAUAUUGUAUGUAUGAAGUGGCAGGCUAUAGGAGGGCAUCACAACAGGAUUCACGGGCUGCCAUGAGGUAUAUAUUAAAUUUCAAAAGAUUGCAAUAUCUAUAUGAAAGCAAGUGAGUUUUAGAAAUUAUAUUCUUUUUAUUAUUACUAUUACAUUUUCCGUGUAAACACUACUCUCCUAAAUGCAUUAUGGCCUGUGAUAAAUUCGAUAUAUAAUUUUGUAAACAAAGCAGUGACUUACGAUUUUAGCUAAUAAUUUAUUAAACUAUUUGAUCAAAGUUUAGUAAAUAAUUAAUUCCUGGCCUAGAAAAAAUAUUAACAUUUUAUUACGGACAUGAUUAACCAAAAUAUUCGUUUUCUGUAUUGAAAAAUCCUACAGUAAUUUAGCUACGGAUAUGGCUAACCAAACUAUUCGUUUUCUUUAAUGGAUUUGUUUUAAACAAUACGAAGUUCUUAAAACAUUAACUAUUGUAUUUAUAAUAAUACGGAAUGAACAGAAUAAACCGUUCUUCGAAAAUGACUCUAAAACAGGAAGCGCAACAUUUGAAAUCUAUUUUACUUUGUUGACCAUAGUAUUGGAUAUCUUGACGGCUAUAAAUCUCACUUGACAGUUUUGUAAACAAUGUACAAUUAAAGCAGCUGUAUAUCUGUCUUCCAGAUGUCAUCAGAAAUUCCUAAAUAAUAGUCCAUUUAUUGUUUCACGUACUUCUGGGUUUUAGCUAAACUUUUACUUUCCAAUCUUCAUUACUUUAUUUAUUAAAUGCCAGAAUAAGAAUGCUGAGAGUUCUUGUUUUUAAUUUCUAUGUGAAUUCAAUUGGUCGUUCCUUAAAUAUAUUGUGUUCAGUUAGAAAAAAGUGCAUUAUUUUUUAUUCUAUAUAUUUCUGUAUUUUAUGCAUAUUUUCUACGAGCAUAUUUUCUAGUAAAAGAUUAAUAGAGCUCAUUAAGAAAAGGUUUAUCCUCAGACCGCGAAUACCCAGUUGUAAUAAGAAACUAUGUGUAUAGUUCGCUGUUUUGGGUUCGUUAAUUUUUUUUAUUUUGAGCAACUGAGAUUGGCUUAGCUCUGCUCUGAAAAUGUGAGUGGAGGUAUUCACGUCGUGAUUAAAGAUUGACUGUUCUACUGUUAUUGUGAUGUCUUUGUCUUCUUGAACAAAACCGUGAGGCGCUCACACAUUGCGAAGACGUCUUCUGCCUCAAGUCUUCACGUUGAGAGGUCUGAAAAGGUAUUUUACACAGAAGUUCGACAAAAGCCUCGCGGGCAGGUUCAUCCAGAGGACACGGUUUCUGUUGUCUUUAGACGCUUUUGAGCCGUGAGCACUGACCUCUAAACCUCUGACCCGCGAGACAGGCCUUUCUCGCCCAGACACUUCUUUGGACUAAUGUAGAAAAAAAAAUCACAAGUCGUUAUAUACUUUAUAUAUAAAGUUUCGUUAUAUUUUUUUACAUCUAACUGACUGUAAGUAAGUUAAGAAAAUCGCACCGGUGCAUGAUGGAUUUUGAUCUGAACAGAGUAGUGUAUGUAAAUGUGAUAAUGUGCUCCAUUUUUAACCUUGUAGAUUACAGGUGAUGACCAGGUCCAUGUCAUCACAUACACUGUCCGGAUAUUUACCGCGGAUAUUUAGAUCAUUAUUUUAAUAAAUCACCCAUACUUCACAAUACACUGGCAUAAGCACGUGCGCGCGCACACAUCUAUCCGUAUCUCUCUCUCUUUCUCUCUCU